AUGAAAAUAGAGCUAGAAAGUGCGGCCGUCAUUGAAAAGAUCUUUAGUGAACUUUCUGAAGAUUCAAAUACACCAGAAGAAGAACAAGUCUUAAGUGCAGUUAAGAAUCUCUUCCUAAAGAAUAUCCGAGUAGGUUCUAGUGCCAAUACAGCUGUAGCUGCAGCUGAAAGCACCAGGAUUGAAAGAUUACAAGCCUUGUGUGCUGUACGACGUAAUCUACCGGAACAACUAAGAGUGGAAGUAACCAAGAGUUGUGAAGAAUUACUGGACCAAGCACGACAAGAGAUAGCAGUUGUAGCUAGUACUAACCAGGUAGAAGGACUAGAGAGUAAGAUGGAAGCAAGUAAGGAGGUCAAUGAGGUAGGUAGGCGUAUGCAAGAACUAGCUAAGGCCUUCCCAGAAGUACUCGGCCAAAUGCGCGAGUACAUUGCUAGUGCAGAACUAGAGGUGAAAGAAAGCAAUCCGCGCAAUGCCGAAGUAGAACCAGAAUCUCUAGCUCUUCUCUUCAAAGAUGAACUUGAUUUAGCUAGUUUAAAUAAAGAGUAG